CUCUCCUCCUACUAUUUACCUUCAGUCCAACUACCAAAAACAAAGAAAGAACCACAAGAAAGUAUCCCAAGAUGUACUCCUUCACGGGAUCAGCUAAAAGACGGCCCAUGAUCAACCUCGGUGGUCAAUCCAACCUCAACAACCCAUCCGAAAUCAUGCGAAGAGCAAAGGAGGAACGACAGCUCAGAGAGAAAUUCAAACAUCAACAGGCGGCAGUCUCAAUCAUCCAGACCUUCUGGCGUAGUAGAACGGAUGCAGGGCGGACUAAAACGGCAUUAAGGAAUCGAUUCGAUCAACUGGUCUCAUUUAUCUUCGAUAACUCCGAUGGACCGGCCAACUCAUCCCUCCUCAAACUAUCCCCACAGGAUCAUCUAGAACUAUCACGAUUGAUCUUGGUCUUCUAUACCCCAAACCAAACCGACGAUCAACGGAGACUGGUCGCCUGGGCGAAUCAAUCGAUCCUAAACCAAGAACCAGCCUUCCUCACCUAUGUCCAAAGGGAUGACGAACUGGGUCAUUCCUGGAGAAGAAUCAUACCACUGAUGAUCAAGCGCAUCCUCCAGACAGUCGCCGAUUUCCCCCGAUCAGAACACACUCCAAUCUUCCUGGCCGCUUUGAAGGAGAUGGUCAAUGACCUCAACCGUCGCUCAGAUCUACAAGCUUUGAUUAUCAUGGGUAGUACCUGGUAUUGGAAGCUGUUGAGGAAAUACAUCACGGCCUUCGAAGUUACGGACAAGUCAGUUAGCAAAAGCGUUGCCCGGGUCAUCGAGCUUUCUGUAUCAUUCUUUCAAGUGCUUCCACCAGAUCAAAAGAUUAAUCUAGCCAGCAUCUUCGCAGCUCAAAUAUUCACGAUCCCACUCCUACCCAAUCGACUUGGCAUUCAACCCUUGAUCCAAUUCUCAGCCUCCUUGCCGUUUGUCGAAAUUCUCGCCGGAACCGAACGAUUUGCCAAAGAAUUAGAACUUAAGGAGAUCAUACAUCUCUUGUCGAACUUACUCGUCUGGGGAUCCAAAAAAGUCGUUCAGAUGGAUCAGACCGGAUUUAAAGGAUAUUUGAAUUCCAUUCAGCUCUGUCUCGAUCGAAUUCCAAUUGCGCUAUUUCGCAAGGUGGAUACCUAUCUAGCAAACAAGACCUCUGUUAAGGCUAGACGGCUCCCUCAGUCGCGAACUCCAAAAAUCGCCCAUCCAUCAGCAAGCAAUUCCAACGAGAUCAUCCGAGAAAGUAGCGGUGCGAAAAAUAAUCCGAUCCUCAUUGAAGAGGAAGAUAUCGAGAUGAACGAACCUUCAGAUUCAAAUCUAACAACGACCGUCCUAAAUUCUAUCAGUCCAAAAACCUUACAAUGGCUAUCAAUCCUCAUCCAGUCCGAACAUCUCUCUCAGCUUUGUUCAAUGUCGGCCAGGUAUUCCUCUACCUGUCAACCUCAUUUAUGCCGGCUGAUGGUUUCGAUCAUUUAUCUAUGGCCCACCUCAAAGGAAACUGUCCUGAACACAUUGAUCUAUAUGACGCCCUCGGUGGGACCUUCUAGUCGCUCAGCCAACCAAAGCGGAGGCUUCAUCAAGGAGCUAUGGCGCAUGUCAGUCCGUCCAGGAAAGAUCAGUGUCAGUUUGCGCGAUCGGAAAUCAGGUGGAAGUCCUCAAGGAGUUCUCACGACUCUCAAAGAUUCUAAGCUCGCCGGACAAUGGGAAGAUCUGAUUCUAUUGUGUGAGCUCUAUUCUCGAUAUCUGAUGACACUCGGGGACGAGGAAUUCUUCGACGACGAGGCCGAAGUCGCCUCAACCCUAUCCUUCCAACGCGCCAAGACAUCCGUCAUCUCAACCAGUAGAAAUCCCCUGAUGACCGAUGAGGUCGUCACCUUGGCUGGUUUGUUGAGAAAUCUUGCCUUCGGAUUGUAUUGGACCGAAGGACAAGCGGAUAUCAAGAAGGGCUGCGUGGUCGGCACUCAUGUUAGCUUGGAAUACCUAAGAUCUUUGGCCACUCGUCUAUUGCAGCAAAUUUACAUCAGAGACUCAAGACGGCCCUUCUGUGAACCCGGUUUCUGGUCCAUGACAUCGACAUUCGAUUUACAGUCAUUUAUGCAGACGGUGGUAUAUGAGGAAUCUCACUUGGAGGAAAUCCGAGAGGAUCAACUACAGAGCCCUGCGCAUCUUCUCAACCAGGAUCCGGAUCUGGAUAUCUCUAAUCAUCUUUCGUCCUCGCGUGGCUCCCGGGCUCGAGUUUCACAGCGUCAGCUGGCGUUCAUCAGUCCGAGACUUGGCGUCUUGAACAAUAUCCCCUUCGUGAUCCCGUUCGAACAACGUGUGGCGAUUUUCCGGACGUUUAUCAACUCGGACCGACAUCGCUUAGGAUUAGACUUGCAUUCGUUUGGAGAGAAUCGGCACAAGGCUUCGAUCCGAAGACAGUUCGUCUCCGAGGACGGAUUCACCCAUCUCAAUGCACUUGGACCAAGACUCAAGGAGACGAUCGAGAUCAAGUUCAUCGAUCCCUAUGGGCUCGAAGAGGCUGGCAUCGAUGGUGGUGGAGUGUUCAAGGAGUUCCUGACUAGUCUGACUAAAGAAGUCUUCGACGUCAAUAAAGGUCUUUGGUUGGUCAAUAAAAAUCAGGAGAUCUAUCCUAAUCCUCAUAGCUAUAGUCGUCAGCCCCUCAGCUUGGAAUGGUACAAAUUCUUGGGAAGGGUCCUCGGUAAAGCUUUGUACGAAGGCAUCCUUAUCGACAUCGAUUUCGCCGAUUUCUUUCUUAAUAAAUGGCUAGGCAAGCAGUCAUAUCUUGAUGAUCUAGCAUCAUUGGAUCCCGAGUUAUACCAAGGCUUGAUAUUUCUGAAACAUUACAAGGGAGACGUCGAGGCAGACCUAUCGUUAAACUUCACGGUGACGAACAAUGAAUUCGACGCGUCGGAGACGAUCGAGCUGAUCCCAGAAGGUUCGAAGACGUCGGUGACGGCGCAGAACCGGAUCAACUACAUCUAUCUGAUGUCCAAUUACAAGUUGAACAUCCAGCUCGAGAGCCAGUGUGCGGCAUUCUUCAAGGGGCUCAACGAUAUCAUCGAGUUGAAGUGGUUGAGGAUGUUCAAUCAGCUCGAACUGAAGGUCUUGGUCGGCGGGCUCGACGGCCAGGAUCUCGACAUCGAUGAUAUGCAACAGUGGACCGUUUAUGGGGGCUGGGACGAGUCACAUCCGACGAUCAGAAUCUUUUGGAAGGUCUUGAGAGAGUUUGAUAAUCUGACGAAACGGAAACUACUCCGAUUUGUGACUUCAUGUGCGAGGCCGCCACUCUUAGGCUUCAAGGAGCUGCGGCCGUCCUUCGCGAUCCGGUCUUCCGGUGUCGAUCGCAGUCGGCUACCGUCGGCCUCAACCUGCGUCAAUCUGCUGAAGUUGCCCGAGUAUCAGACCGAGGCGGAACUCCGAGAGAAAGUGCUCUAUGCUAUCAAUGCUGGGGCCGGAUUCGAUCUCUCUUAGAUUUUCUCCCUUUUGUUUGAUCUUCCUCUAUUUCCUCUCUUUCCUUACCUGAUCUUCAUUACUGAAACUUUAGAUACUUACUUACUUACAUAUCUCUCUCAACCCCUCGCCACUCAUCUCACUUCCCAAAAUCUCACAUGUACCGCUUCUUCCCUCUGUCUGUCUACAUACAAACCAUCGGCUGUUUUUUUUUCUCUUUCUCUUUCCUUUCUUC